GGGUUUUUAAGCACUAGAUAAAACGCGUGCCUGCAUGUUUCUGUUUGUGUGAAACACGUCUUGGCCAAAAUGAAGAUCGAAGAAGUAAAGAGUACGACAAAAACCCAGAGAAUCGCAUCACACAGCCAUAUAAAAGGUUUAGGAUUGGAUGAAAAUGGAUAUGCUAUCCAAACUGCCGCUGGCUUGGUGGGACAAGAGCUUGCUCGCGAGGCAGCUGGUGUGGUGGUUGAGCUAAUUAAAUCAAAGAAGAUGUCCGGUCGGGCUGUUCUCUUGGCGGGACCUCCUGGUACUGGCAAGACAGCAAUCGCUCUAGCUGUUGCCCAAGAACUGGGAACCAAAGUGCCCUUCUGUCCAAUGGUGGGGAGUGAGGUCUACUCAACAGAAAUCAAGAAGACGGAAGUUCUAAUGGAGAACUUUCGUCGAGCCAUCGGACUAAGGAUCAAGGAAACCAAGGAGGUGUACGAAGGGGAGGUGACAGAACUGACGCCUGUGGAGACUGAGAACCCUAUGGGAGGAUAUGGGAAAACUGUGAGCCAUGUUGUGAUUGGACUGAAGACAGCAAAAGGAACAAAACAGCUGAAGCUUGAUCCGUCUAUAUACGAAAGUCUACAGAAGGAGAAAGUAGAAGUGGGAGAUGUGAUUUAUAUAGAGGCUAACAGUGGGGCAGUGAAGCGCCAAGGUCGAUCUGACAGCUAUGCGACAGAGUAUGAUCUGGAGGCUGAGGAGUAUGUACCCCUCCCUAAAGGAGAUGUCCAUAAAAAGAAGGAAGUUAUUCAGGAUGUGACGUUACAUGACCUGGAUUGUGCAAAUGCUAAGCCACAGGGAGGUCAGGAUAUUAUGUCUAUGAUGGGCCAGCUUAUGAAACCAAAGAAAACAGAAAUUACAGACAAAUUAAGGAAGGAGAUUAACAAAGUAGUGAACAAAUACAUAGACCAGGGCAUAGCUGAACUGGUGCCAGGAGUGUUGUUUAUAGACGAGGUCCACAUGCUCGACAUUGAGUGUUUCACCUACCUCCACCGAGCUCUGGAAUCCACGAUAGCCCCCAUCGUUAUCUUCGCCACAAACAGAGGCAAAUGUACCAUUAGAGGUACUGAGGACAUCGUAUCUCCCCAUGGUGUUCCCCUCGAUCUGUUGGACCGUGUUAUGAUCGUUAGGACACUACCGUACUCACAGGAGGAAAUGGUCCAGAUAUUGAAAAUCCGUGCCCACACCGAAGGAAUCCAGAUUGAAGAUUCAUCAUUACAGACGUUAGGCCAGAUCGGAACUCAAACAACACUCAGGUACUCCGUACAGUUACUAACUCCAACUCACCUUCUGUCUCGCAUCAAUGGUAAAGAUGUAAUCGGAAAGGAAGAAAUUGAAGAGAUUAGCAAACUUUUCUAUGAUGCAAAGUCAUCAGCAAAAAUACUUGCUGAACAGGAGGACAAAUUCAUGAAGUAGAUGUUGGAAAGAAGAUCUGUUCAUUUCAUUUUUCAUCAAGAAAAAACUCAACAUUUUUCAUGUCUUUUCCAAUGAGGACAUUGAUUUAUUGGAGAAAAUGCACUAUUUUAUUAAAAGAGAAUCUAAAAUGUUUCAUCAGCAUUUUGUAUUCGUGUUUGUACUUGUGGACCAUUAUUAUGCAUUCAUUAAAUGGUGGGUAAUAAAUUAUUGUUACACA